UGAACGCAGUUGCUCCCGCGUGUUUAAUACCACCGUGUUUCGUCGAAAUACACGUGUUGUUUCUAUUCGCUUGAAAAUGGCAGAAAGUGAUAAAAGCAAGAAAAAAAACAAAAAGAAGUGUCUUGGAGAAAUUCAAGCAACAAUGAAAUGUCAAGUUGAACCUUCAGAUUUACCUGUAAAACUUGAAUACAAAGAUUGGCCCCUUUUAUUUAAGAAUUUUGAUAAACUGCUUACUCGAACAAAACAUUUUACUCCUUUAACUAGUGGUUCAACGCCAUUACAUCGUACUUUAUCGGAAUACAUAAAAUCUGGGUGUAUUAAUCUUGACAAACCGUGUAACCCAUCUUCACAUGAAGUUGUUGCAUGGAUAAAAAGAAUUUUAAAAGUAGAAAAAACUGGUCAUUCUGGUACUUUAGAUCCUAAAGUAUCUGGAUGUUUAAUAGUAUGUAUUGACAGAGCAACUAGAUUAGCUAAAUCACAACAAUCUGCUGGGAAAGAAUAUGUUGCUGUUUUUAAAUUACAUUCUGCACCCGAAAGUCUUCAAAAGGUAAGUCAAGCAUUAGAAAAACUACGUGGUGCACUUUUUCAACGGCCUCCACUUAUAUCUGCAGUGAAACGUCAGCUUCGUGUUAGAACAGUUUAUGAUAGUUGGUUCAUUGAUUAUGAUCCAGAGCGUAAUAUGGGAGUGUUCAGAGUUAGUUGUGAAGCUGGUUCAUAUAUUAGAACUAUUUGUGUUCAUCUUGGCCUCUUCUUAGGCACUGGUUGUCAAAUGCAAGAAUUACGUAGAAAUCGUUCAGGUGUUCAAUCUGAAAAAGAUGGAAUGGUUACUAUGCAUGAUAUACUUGAUGCUCAAUGGUUAUAUGAAAACCAUGCAGAUGAAUCUUAUUUAAGAAGAGUAAUUAAACCAUUAGAAGCUCUUCUAGUAAAUCAUAAGAGAAUUAUUGUAAAGGAUAGUGCAGUAAAUGCUAUUUGUUAUGGAGCUAAAAUUAUGCUACCAGGUAUUUUAAUGUAUGAUGAUGGUAUAGAACUAAAUCAGGAAAUUGUAAUAGUGACCACAAAAGGUGAAGCUAUAGCACUUGCUAUAGCAUUAAUGACAUCUCCAACAAUGACAGCUUGCGAUCAUGGUGUAGCUGCUAAAAUUAAAAGAGUAAUCAUGGAAAGAGAUGCAUAUCCAAGAAAAUGGGGUCUGGGACCAAAAGCUUCCAUAAAGAAGCGUAUGAUAAUUGAAGGCAAGUUAGAUAAAUAUGGGAAACCAAAUGAAAACACACCUGCUGACUGGUUAGCAAAUUAUACAGAUUAUUCUACAUCUGGAAUUAAGACUGAGGAAAAUGGUGUUAUUGAUGCUGUGGCUAAAAAACGAAAAUGGGAAGAGAUAGUUACACAAUCUACAACAGAGGUUACAGUAAAAGAAGAAAAAAUUGAAGAUCCAGAAUUAGCAUCACCAAAAGAAAAAAAGAAAGAUAAAAAGGAAAAAAAGAAGAAAAAGAAGAAGGAGAAAACAGAAUCUGAAGCUGAUGAAUCUAUGAUAGUAGAAGGUGCAACGGAGGAAGCACCAACGAAAGAAGAAAAAAAGAAAAAGAAGAAGAAGAAAGAUAAAGAUCAAGAUCAAGAAGCACCAUCUUUAAGUUGA